GCGGGUGUGAGUCUCCGUGGCGCUGACGCGGCGCCGGCGGCGGUGAGGAGGCUGCCACUGCCGGAGAGCGAAGCGAACCAGCCGCGGCGCUGCUCCGCUUCAGCGCGCCCCGGCGCUGCCCGCCGCCAGCCCAGGCAGGCGCAGGGAGGCGCAGGCGGCGGCGGGCGGCAUGGAGAGCCUGCUGGAGAACCCGGUGCGGGCCGUGCUCUACCUCAAGGAGCUCACGGCCAUCGUGCAGAACCAGCAGAGCCUCAUCCACACGCAGCGCCAGCGCAUCGACGAGCUGGAGCGGAGGCUGGACGAGCUGAGCGCCGAGAACCGCAGCCUGGGUGAGCAGCAGCAGCGGCUGCAAGCUCAGCCUCCGCCCGGGCCCGUGGCCCCGUCGCCAGCCCCGCCACCGGCAUCCCCUGUCGCCGUUCCCGCCUCCGCCGCCGCCGGGGCCCAGGAGCCUCUCCAGGACCACGGACAGCGCGCGCCCUCUGCGCCUGAGCCGCCGGCGCUUCAGCACCACGGGCAGCUCCUGGUGCAGCCCCAACCAGGCCCCAGCAGCAGGGCUCAGGCACCGCAGUCGCCCCAGCAGCCUGCGGGGACGCUCUCGGCCGGCGCCCACAAGGACAAGGAGCGUCCCUCGAGUUGCUGCGCCGCCGCCGGAGCCCUCCUUCAACACAAAUCCCCCGCCGCCCUAGGCAAGGGCGUCCUGGGCAGGAGACCCGAGAAUGAGACUGUGCUGCACCAGUUCUGCUGCCCAGCUGCCGAUGCCGAGCAGAAGCCUGCCUGCUCUGACCUGGCCUCCCAAAGUGAUGGCUCCUGCGCCCAGGCCGGUGGGGGCAUGGAGGACUCCGUGGUGGCAGCGGCAGCGGUGGCAGCCGGCAGACCCAGUGCCCAUGCCCCGAAGGCUCAAGCCCAGGAGCUGCAGGAGGAGGAGGAGCGGCCAGGGGCAGGGGGUGGCUCCCCCAGGGCCGGCCCCCAGCACGUGGCCUCCCCUGGUCGGCAGCAGCCUGCCCUGGCGACGGCGCCCUGCUCCCACGCCCCUGCAGCCUCCGAUUACGAACUCUCCCUUGACCUAAAGAAUAAACAGAUUGAAAUGCUAGAACACAAGUACGGGGGCCACCUGGUAUCCCGGCGCGCCGCCUGCACCAUCCAAACCGCCUUCCGCCAGUACCAGCUCAGCAAGAACUUCGAGAAGAUCCGCAACUCGCUCCUGGAGAGCCGCCUGCCGCGGCGCAUCUCCCUGCGCAAGGUGCGGGCGCCCAUGGCCGAGAGCCUGGCGGCCGAGAAGGCGUUCAUGGAGGGCUGCGGCCUCGUGGGGCUGCCGCUGGGACGCUCGCCCUCUCUGCCGCCCAGCCUGGCGGGCGCGCUCACCGAGCUGGAGGACUCCUUCAGUGAGCAGGUGCAGUCCCUGGCCAAGUCCAUCGACGACGCCCUCAGCACCUGGAGCCUCAAGACCAUGUGCUCCCUGCAGGAGAGCGGUGCGUACCAGAUCCACCAGGCCCUGCGCGCCGGCGCGGGGCCGCCGGGCCUGGAGGCCGAGAGCCGGGAGCUUUCCGGAGCGGGCCCAGGGCCUGGGGAGGAGGCCGCCGAAGGCGGGGGCCUGCCCCAGGGUCACAGCGGCACCCUCAUGAUGGCGUUUCGGGACGUCACGGUGCAGAUCGCCAGCCAGAACAUCUCUGUCUCCUCGUCCACGGCCCUGUCGGUGGCCAACUGCCUGGGCGCGCAGGCUGCCCCGGCCGCCGCAGAGCCCUCGGAGAGCGCCAACGAGGAGGGCGAGCAUCCCGGGCAGGAGGCCCCAGAGACGCCCCCUGCGGGUCAGGGGGACGCGCCCGCCGAGGACCCGCGAGCAGAGGCAGGGACGGCCCUGCCAGGGGCCGCAGAGGCCGUGGCGGAGGAAGCCGCAGCAGUGGAGGCCCAGGAGGAAGAGGAGGAGGAAGAAGAGUCAGGGGAAGCGUGCAGAGCGGCUGAGGCCGAGGCGGAUGUAGGCGACCACUCGGAGCAGCUGAGCAGCAGUAGCACAUCCACCAAAUCGGCCAAGUCGGGCUCCGAGGCCUCGGCGACCGCUUCCAAAGAGGCGCUGCAGGCCAUGAUCCUGAGCCUGCCCCGGUACCACUGCGAGAAUCCGGCCAGCUGCAAGUCGCCCACGCUCUCCACCGACACGCUGCGCAAGCGGCUCUACCGCAUUGGCCUCAACCUCUUCAACAUAAACCCGGACAAGGGCAUCCAGUUCCUGAUCUCGCGCGGCUUCAUCCCCGACACCCCCAUCGGCGUGGCCCACUUCCUCCUGCAGCGUAAGGGCCUCAGCCGCCAGAUGAUCGGAGAGUUCCUGGGCAACAGCAAGAAGCAGUUCAACCGGGACGUCCUUGACUGCGUGGUGGACGAGAUGGACUUCUCCAGCAUGGAGCUGGACGAGGCCCUGCGCAAGUUCCAGGCUCACAUCCGCGUGCAAGGAGAGGCCCAGAAGGUGGAGCGGCUCAUCGAGGCCUUCAGCCAGCGCUACUGCAUGUGCAACCCCGAGGUGGUGCAGCAGUUCCACAACCCCGACACCAUCUUCAUCCUGGCCUUUGCCAUCAUCCUCCUCAACACCGACAUGUACAGCCCCAACAUCAAGCCCGACCGCAAGAUGAUGCUGGAGGACUUCAUCCGCAACCUGCGAGGUGUUGAUGAUGGUGCUGACAUCCCCAGGGAGCUGGUGGUGGGCAUCUACGAAAGGAUACAGCAGAAGGAGCUCAAGUCCAAUGAGGACCACGUCACAUAUGUCACCAAGGUGGAGAAGUCCAUCGUGGGCAUGAAGACAGUGCUGUCUGUGCCGCACCGCCGCCUGGUCUGCUGCAGCCGGCUCUUCGAGGUGACUGACGUGAACAAGCUGCAGAAGCAGGCAGCGCAUCAAAGGGAGGUGUUCCUCUUCAACGACCUGCUGGUGAUUCUCAAACUCUGCCCGAAGAAGAAGAGCUCCUCCACCUACACCUUCUGCAAGUCGGUCGGCCUGCUGGGCAUGCAGUUCCACCUCUUCGAGAACGAGUAUUACUCUCACGGCAUCACACUGGUGACCCCGCUGUCCGGCUCUGAGAAGAAGCAGGUGCUGCAUUUCUGUGCCCUGGGCUCCGACGAGAUGCAGAAGUUCGUGGAGGACCUGAAGGAGUCCAUUGCCGAGGUGACGGAGCUGGAGCAGGUCCGGAUAGAGUGGGAGCUGGAGAAGCAGCGAGGAACAAAGACGCUCUCCUUCAGGUCCGGGGGAGCCCAGGCAGACUCACAGUCGAAGCAAGGAUCGCCUACAGCCAAAAGGGAAGCGGCCAUCGGGGAGAAGCCAGCGGAGAGCCCGGUGGAGGUGUCAAUUCACAACAGGCUUCAAUCGUCCCAGCACAGCUCCGGGCUGGGGGCCGAGAGGGGCGUGCCGGUACCACCGCAGCCAGACCUGCAGCCUAGCCCGGCCAGAGAGCAGCCCCCGCCACCCACACCGCUGCCGCCGCCGCCGCCGCCGCCACCACCCACUCCCCCAGGCACGCUGGUGCAGUGCCAGCAAAUCGUCAAGGUCAUUGUCCUGGACAAGCCCUGCUUGGCCCGCAUGGAACCCCUGCUGAGCCAGGCCCUCUCCUGCUACGCCUCAUCCUCCUCCGACUCCUGCGGCUCCACACCCCUGGGCGGCCCAGGCUCCCCGGUCAAGGUCAUCCACCAGCCUCCGCUGCCCCCACCCCCACCCCCUUACAACCACCCCCACCAGUUCUGCCCACCCGGCUCCCUGCUGCACCGGCGCCGCUACUCCAGCGGCUCCAGGAGCCUGGUGUAGACUCUGCCCUAGACACCCUGCUGUCUGUCCCAUAGGGCCACCAUUGCUGCUCCCCACACCCUGGCACCACACGUUCCAGGUCAUUGGUCACUGUUGUUUUGGAAAGAGAACCCCAACCCCCAGCACUGGGUUUGCCUGGUCCCACUAUCCCUCCCUUACACAGGUGAGCCACACACACAUGCACACACACAACCAGCUCAUGCUCCUGGGCCCCACACAGCCAGAUGAGACAGGGCCAUCCCUCUCCCCAGUUGGAACCGUGGUUGGAAGAUAAGCUGAGGCUUUGUGUCUAGCAUCCAGGGGCCUCGGGCUGGUGGGCAGGAGCAAGGGGCUGGGGGGCACAGCAGUGGCGCCCUGGGUGGAAGGCAGGCUCGGCUCAGCCCCAGGACAGCUGUAUUUGUGGCCUCACAGGAUGGCCUCAGCUCCCUGGAGGGGCCGCUGUGAAGAAGGGGGCUUUCUCAGCUGCCCCCAUUCCCUGGAGCCUGGCCGUCUCGGAAGGCUGCUCCUCCACCUCCAGGGACACUGGUCCUGCCCACCAGACUCCAGGAAAGGCUUUGAGAAGCAGAGGAGGGGGUGGGAGUGCUCUCAGCUCUGUCAAAGCCAGCUGAACACGGCCCUGGAAUCCCCAGAUCAGAUACCUGCCAAAGGCACCUUUUUCCAAGUUUCUUGGUUCCCUACCCAACAACACCAAGUGCACACAGGAGAGCCAGGUUAACUUUGCCCACUGUGGAAGCAGAAAAGGGGUGAGGGAGGUCGAUUCGCCCUGAGGAGGUGGGACUUCACCUGGCUUGGACCUCCCUUUUGUGUACCUUCUGUGGCCUCCACAAAGGCUGGGUGCAGAUGUGGGUGAGAGAAGCGGGAGCUCCCGAGGCACCUGUAUCUCCCCUGCUGCCCCUCAAAUCUUCCUCCUUCUGGAAGGUACCAGACCCACCUCCAGCAGAGGUCCGGGCACCCUGAAAACUGCAGAGCCAAGCAGGGCUCGCGGGCCUGCCAGGGCUGGGUAUGAUGGGGUGCAAACCCCUCCCCGGCCAGAUGAGAGGCAGCCGCCUCCAAAGACCCCAUGGGCAGCACCGCAGCCUGUGCCCUGCACAGACUGUUCAGCAGUGUCCAGCCCCGCUGGGCCAGACUCCCCGGGCCCGCGCCAGCAGCUCCUAGCUUCCCUGCUAAGGCUCCCUCCCGCUCGGAGCCCAUUGGUAAUGCCUCUUGGGGGACAGCAGCAAACAUCAACCAAGUCCAAGGUGGAUUUGCUUCUUCCCAGCCCCCACCGGCUCCCCAGGCUGCAGUGCCCUGGGCCGGGUAGGAGGCGUGGACAAUUCCUGGCUCACCGAGGUUCUACAUGACCUAGUUUCAUGUGUGUCUGUGUGGUCACCCAGACGUCAGUACGAUGUCACCCAGCAAGCUUAUUUUUGGCCCUGUCUUUGUCAGCCCAGGUUCCUUCACGUUCAGCCAAUCUCCUGUCGUCCCCCUCUAGUCCCCACCCCCGCCCACGCCUCCGCUUCCCAGCCAUUGCCCCUCCCCCUGGGACUCCUCUGUCACUGGGUGUUCCAAUCAGAGCCCCUAACAGAGCAGCUGGCACAAGGGGCGCCGGGAUUCAGAGGCCUCUGCUGCCUUUGGCUGGGGCAGCAGGUGUUAGGGCUGUGGGAGAAAGUGCAGCAGUGGCCUGAGAGCAGAUUUGUCUCGAAUGAGGGGCCUGGAAGUGGAGGGGAAAUACGAACAGGGAGGAAGUGGUGGGCACAGAGAGUGGGCCGAGGUGGGGGAGGGGUGGGGAGGGGGCGUGGCUGCGGAGGAAAGAGCCAGCCUCAGCCUCAGCCAGCCCAGAACCCACAGCCAGGGCCCUCGUCGCCGGCUCACACUCUGCUUCAAGCUCACCAAGUGCCCGGCUCCCCUGCUGACAGUCCCCCCUUGCCCCCCUGGUGGGGACCCGCAGAGGCCCUCGGUGCCCCACCACCACCACCGCCCCGCCUGCCCAUGGUGAGUUGCGGCUGGCGGCUCAAGGGGCUGGGAUUCGCAGGGUCCACAGCUGCUUCUGCACGCACCACACUGGGGGUGGUGCUUACCUCCCGGUGGCCAAAGGGGGCUGGGGGGGCUGUAUCUGACCCUCCCCACUGUCAGGGGAAACCAGAGCCCCAGGCAGCUGUGGCUCUUUUGCCCUGAGUGGCCAGCAGGCUAAGUGGGUACCUGCCUGGACCCCUCUUCCCAGAGGCCUGGCAGAAGCCUCUGCCCCUUCGGUGGCUGUGGUCAUGUCAGGGCCAUGUCAGGGCCUCCAGCCUCCUAGAGGGCCCAUGGAGGGUGCUGGCUGAGCCCCGACCCUCGGCCCACCCCCCAGGCCUUACUCCACAGCACCCGGAUCCCUCUCUCUCCCAGUUUAUCCACUUGGCCAAGUCCACAACCCAGAGUGGGAGAAAAUGUUAGCUUUCCUGCCCGUUUGUGGGGACAGGUCCCUCUUCCAGACCCAAGGGCCUUGUCCUGGCAGUCUGUCCUGGGAGUCUGCCUUCCCAUCUGUCUGUCCGUCUGUCCAUCUGUCUGUCUCCAAAGGCGUUUUGCUCCCCCACCCAUUUAUUGGCCCUGGGCCUUUGACUUCCCAGGCGCCUGUCCCCUCAGAGCCUGCCAGGCAUUCUGUCAUGCCCAGCAGGCUUUCGAGACUCCCAUCUGUCCUUCCGUCUGUCCCCAUGUCCGCUGUACAGACCUGCACUCCUCCCGCGCACACCCUCCCCUCCACCCGCAUUGGAGAGAAACCUCUCUGGGGAAAGGUGGGGUGGCUGCACCCAGCAACUAAUCCAAAUGGCAAAUAUUUUGUAACAAAAUAGCCCAGAGGUAUUUUAUCUGUCCAAUUCAUAGAGUUUUAGAGAUUAUAUUGAAAUAUGUCACUUGA